AGCCGCGAGUCGGGAGGGCGCCGCGUCAACAGCAGUCGCGGCGGGGCGGGGGCGAGGCCGAGUGCGCGUGCGCGGCCCGCGCGGGCGGGGGAGCGGGUGUGGGGCAGCGGGAGCGCGCCUGCGCGCGGCCAAGCCGCCUGGGCACCCGGUCCUGACUGUGACGGGAGGCGGCGGUCGGUCCUCUCUGUAACGGCGGCGGCGCCUGCUCCAGACACCUGCGGCGGCGGCGACCCCGCGGCGGGGGCGGAGAUGUGGCCCCUGGUGGUGUUGCUGCUUCUGGGCUCGGCGCGCUGCGGUUCAGCUCAGCUAAUAUUUAAUACAACCAAAUCUGUAGAAUACACCAAUUGCAAUCAAACUGUUGUCAUCCCAUGUUUUGUUAAUAACAUGGAGGCGAAGAGCAUUGCUGAAUUGUAUGUCAAGUGGAAAUUUAAAGGAAAAGACAUUUUCAUAUUUGAUGGAGUUCAGCAAAGGUCCAAGCCCAGCGAUAACUUUACUAGUGCAAAAAUCUCACCAGCAGAAUUACUAAAUGGCAUUGCCUCUUUGAUGAUGGAUAAAUAUGAUGCCGUCUUAGGAAACUACACUUGUGAAGUAACAGAAUUAAGCAGAGAAGGUGAAACCAUCGUGGAACUAAAAUAUCGUGUUGUUUCAUGGUUUUCUCCAAAUGAAAAUAUCCUCAUUGUUAUUUUCCCAAUUUUGGCUAUACUUCUGUUCUGGGGACAGUUUGGUGUUGUGACGCUUAAAUAUAAAUCCAGUUAUACGAAGGAGAAAACCAUUUUUCUAUUAGUUACUGGACUAGUGCUCACUGUUGUUGUCAUUGUUGGAGCCAUUCUUUUCAUCCCAGGUGAAUAUUCAACGACGAAUGCUUGUGGACUUGGUUUAAUUAUAAUUCCUACAGCAAUAUUAAUAUUACUUCAGUACUAUAUGUUUGUGAUAGCUGUGGGGAUGUCCUUCUUCACCAUUGCCAUAUUGAUCCUUCAUGUACUGGGCCAUGUGUUCUCUGUGGUUGGAUUCAGCCUCUGUGUCUCAGAGUGUACCCCAGUACAUGGUCCUCUUCUGAUUUCAGGUUUAGGUAUUAUAGCUCUAGCAGAAUUACUUGGAUUAGUUUAUAUGAAAUGUUUUGCUUCCAAUCACAAGACUAUACAACCUCCUAGGAAAGCUGUAGAGGAACCCCUUAAUGCAUUUAAAGAAUCAAAAGGAAUGAUGAAUGAUGGUAAGUAUAAAAUGCACCUACAAUUCUAGGUGGGUUAAAAUAUGGACAUUGAAAAGAAAUAAAAUUCUUCUUGAAAGUAUGGCUUUUUUAAAAUAAAAGGGACACUGUCAAAUCAUAAAGGCCUACAUUUCUUGGUUUCUAAAACUUCAAUCUACUCUGUUAAAAGUUGCAAAACUAGUAAUAUAAAAGCUGUAGGGUAUCACUAAUCAGACUGUCCAGUCUCAUUGCUCACAACAAAGAGGAAUUACUUCUUUUUUUAAAAAGGUAUUUUUCAGAUGCAAUGUCUGGUGACUGUAACUUUAAAAUGCUUUUUAUACGACACUUAGAUAAUUUGGCACAAAUCUUUAUUAUCUUGACAGGGUUUCUUUUGUGCUUGUGUUGGUGAUCUUGUUGCAUUUAACCCAUGGAGACUUAAUAUCUCUUCUUUUCCAAGCAGGAACUGGGUUAACUGGGUUCUAACCUUUUAGGAAAGGAUUUAAAAAGAGAGAGAGAAAUGUUUAGUCACUUCAGUUAUUGGGAGUGGGGUCUCUGGGCUAAUAACUUCUAAAUUUUAUUGACUUUCAAAGACCUAUAUUUAUUAGUUCUUAAAGAUAAGUAAGUCUGCGAUAUUGAGUGCUGUAAACAUUCAUUUUGAUUUUACCUUAACAUGUUCUGAUACUUUAGUUCUGUUAACAUUUUAAAAACUAUGUUUUCAUUUUAUCAAAACUUUCUUCAUACCUUUGCUAUUUACAAUCAUUCCUUGAUCAUGUGAAUAGUCUGCUUUGUAUUUUACUGUUUAAAGUCUGUGACCUGCCUGCUCACCUCUACAGCGAAGUGCAGCAUUUAUCUCAAGAGGCUAUAUUCCCCUGAGUGUAAUUAAUUUUUGCAUAAGAUUACAAACACGCUGACUGUGUCUAGUGGACUAAGUUUAAAACAAUGCUUAGACUGUGUUCAGUAAGCAGUCACAGAAUGAUCCCACUUCUGUAAUUUUGUGUCACAGCCUUGAUUACAAAAAAUGCAUGCUCUACUAACCACUGCCCUCCUAAAACAACCAUGAUUAGCAGGUAUACAUUAAAUGGCAUUUUAAAAAGAACUGGUACCUGAAAGUGUGGCAUGGUUUGUCCAUGUUUGCAUUCUGGUGUUCUAUUUUUUAAUUUUGUUGGUUUUUUUCCUUUUCCUACUGUGGUGUCAUUCCUCUGUAGUUGUAUGAAAAAACUAAACACUUCUUCAUUUUCAGAAAACCAGUAGGAGAACCUUGAGUGCCUCUUCUUUGUUAAUUUCCUUUAAGAUGUGACUUUUUUUGCACCAUGGUAUCAGGAGUUAGACAGCAGUUUUUGUGCGUUCAUAGUGCAUGAAAUCUAUAAUGACCUUUGAAAUUCCCUUAAUUUUGCUAAUUUUUAGCUGUUCAGAAUUUGUGGGUUUUUUCCAAAUGUCUGUGGUGGGUUCUUCCUACUGACAGUGCACGAUGCCCAUGGUGUAAGUGCCUGGUUGGUGAGUGAGGUUCCAGGUACCCUCCUGGGACCACAGUCCCAGUUCCUCUUUCACUUAUGCCUAAUCACAUGUUUAAUUCUCUUACCUUAAAUGAAUGGUGUUGAUCUAAAGUGAAAGUGAUAGAAUAUUGUUCUAGGAUAAAUAUCUUUUGCUUUGGAAGAAUCAAUUUCUCUUGGCUUCUCCGCCAACCCAGCAAACGGAGAUUAUCAGAUUUUGUUGAUUUUUAUUUCCAUUUGGCAUUGGCCUUUUACUUACUGCAACUAAAAAGGCUAAUGAUUUGCCCGGUUUAUGUCUGUGACCUUUGCAAAUCUAAGAUUAAAUAAUUUUUCUUUAUUUUUAGAUACCAUAUAUCUGAAACGAUUUUCAAAUUUGAAAGUACAUUAACUUGUUAAGGCAUAGAAAAUAGACAUCAUAGCAAUUAUAUGUUCAUUUUUCA